AUAAAUAAAAAUAAAGAGACUGGAUGGAAGAAAUGGGAUGUGAACGUUGCCGAAUCUUAAGCUCCUUUCCAUCUUUCCGUUGGCUCUGCUAAUUUCCCAGAGAGGCUAAGCCAACAGAGAUGCUUCUAUGUGUCAUCUCCCCAGCUGGUAAUAGGAGCAGCCAUCCUCCUGAGGUCACGGAGGGCUGCCAGUGGAGUUGUUCCCUCCCUGCUUCCUGGCCUGGGGAACAAUGACAACAAAAAGAGGUUUUGUUUGGUGGUGGUGGUGUGUGUGUGUGCCUGUGUCUGUUUGCUGGCUUCUUCCAUCCUUCUCCUUUCCUCAUUUUGCUCUUUUUUCCCCAUGCUUUCAGCUUCAGCAGUGGGAGCUGUGGGCAGCUGGAUACCAGCACGGUGGAGGCCGAGGACCAGGAACACUGGCAGAAGGAAGGGAAUGCCCUGGGUCGCACCCUCAGCUUCUUCAAGAAGAUGACUGGGAAGUCAAAGAACAAAGAAAAAGAAAGGAUGAAGGAAGGCAAAGAUAAGGACGCCCGCUACACCAAUGGGCACCUCUUCACUUCUAUUACGGUCUCCGGCAUGACCAUGUGCUACGCGUGUAACAAGAGCAUCACCGCGAAAGAGGCACUGAUUUGUCCAACCUGCAAUGUCACCAUCCACAACCGAUGCAAAGACAGCCUCCCCAACUGCACCAAAGUCAAGCAAAAGGUGAGCAGGUAGAGAGAGAAAAAAAGGAGAAUCGUCCUGAUUGGACCUGGGGAGCUCAACUUCGGUCUUUAAAAACAUGCUCAAGUUUCCAGCCCCUCUGGAAAAGCUUAGAAAAUGAUCCUAAAACUAAAGACCAAGGCUGGAUGGAAAUUUCACAAAAGGGCUUCGUCGUUCUUUGAAUUAUCCUUAAGGCAUAGGUGCAUUCUUCCCUUGGCUUUACCAUU